GCCACGAUCGCUAAACAACGUAACACAUUUAUUAAAAUGUAACCCAAAAGUGAUUCGAACGAAAAAAAUACUUGAGUGAAGAGAUUUAUUGUUGUGUCAACAUUUUACAGCAAAUCAACCCGCGAAAGUGGACGUUGCUUGCUAUUUUCUACUUCAAGGAUCUGCUUCGCUGAGAUUAUAGAAUUUUCGGGAACAACACAUUGGAAGCAAAUUACAGUGAAGUCACAUAGGUUUUCUCAGUAAAAACAAUGUUGAACUUAGUUUGACUUGGUCGACAAAAUAUAACCAACAAGCUAACGUAGCUAGUGGGUGUGCUAAACAGUUUUGAAUGUCCAGGAUCUGACAGGUUGAGGUUGAAGUGGUUGUUGACUUUCUCAAUUUAACAUGGGAGAAUGAAAUUCUAUCAUGCGGACAUUGAACGCUUUACAAGAAUGGUGUGGCAUAAAAUGCGAAAAUUACCCCAAUGUGGAGAUAAGGAACAUGUCUUCUUCAUUCGGAGAUGGAUUGGCGUGUUGUGCUCUUAUCCACAAACACCGACCUGAUUUGAUAGACUUCAACUCCCUCUCCAAAGAUAAUGUUUAUGAAAACAACCAUCUGGUGAGUUUUACGUAAUUCUGUUUUACCAGCAAGCAUGCAUAACUGUCUCAAUGGACGUUUAUGUUCAUACAUUGCACAACAUCUGUUUAUAUUGUCCUAACAGUCUGGCAUUUUUCAUUAUUGAUCCCUGUCUCCUACCAGGCAUUUGAGGUUGCACAGUCAAAGCUGGGCAUCCCUGCAUUGCUGGAUGCUAAGGACAUGGUGUCCACAGAGGUGCCAGACCGGCUAAGUGUCAUCACUUACCUCUCCCAUUACCACCACUGCUUCAACAAGAAGUCUCAUGCCGGUCCAGCCAGUUUGAAGACGCCAUAUGCCGCAGAGUGCUCCAGUCACUCCCAGACACAACCUGACUCUCUUUAAGGUUUGCAGCCCGCCAAGUCAAGGACAGAGGAGCGAUCCAACAGUGGCAGGCCAUGCAGCGUUUGUGCCUCCUGCAUGAAGCACGUCCACCUGGUGCAGAGACAUCUCACUGAGGGGAAACUCUACCACCGCAGCUGCUUCAGAUGCAGUGUGUGCAGCAGCACUCUCUUACCAGGGUCUUACAAAGAGGGGAGGGAAGUUGGCUCACCCACCACUUGACAGCCAGUCAAAAUGCCCACCCCGACUACAGUAAACAAACUGGAUCAUUAGAGAAUCUGCCCAAAUUAGAUGAGCAGGAGGUGACACUAUCUCAAGGUGGAUUUACAGACAACCUCGAUCUCUCUGAUUUUAUUAGAAAAACAGACUCAGGUGAGACAGUUAUUUUUGGAAGAGGAGGGACAGAGACGGAGGGAGGUGAGAGAAAGACAAGGCAUGACACACUUAAGAAGCCAAGGCCACCCUGUCCUCCAAAGCCCACUGUAGAAGAGGGAAAGCUUGAAGAAGCAGGGACAUGGCCCAUUCAGACAACAGAAACUGUCACUGUAACACCAGACAGCGGUUCGGCUUCUGCAAGCCCUGGACAGCCAGUUCCUGCACCCAGACGGGUGUUAGACUCAGUUCCUCCUCGUCCUGCACCCAGAACCCAUCCACCUAAAGCCAUGGACAGCCCCCUUGUUUCUGGUUACACAGUUGAUAAUAAAACUUUACCCAAUCCUUCUCGGAGGUUUGGCCAACCCAGUGGGCCCUGUAAACCCAAAGACCCACCGUGGCUGGAGCUUGUCCUGUCAGGGCCCUGGCCAAAUCUUCCCCCUGCCCCGCCCCCUAGUAUGCCCAAGCCCCCACGCUCAGGCUCUAUACCCUCCCUCAGAGGCAGUUGGUACAGAGCGAGAGAACCCCCUCCCAACCCCUUUGGGGAGUUUGAGGAUGAGGAGGCUGAUGAUGAUUACACCGGGGAAGAGAACACAAUGAGUGGUGCUGAAGGCCAAGCACAGCCCUCAAUGGUAACCAGCCAGACAUGGUGUGGUACCAGUCAGUUAGCUGAAGCAGCCAGCUCACAUUGCCAAGCUCAUUUAGAGGACACAUCCAGAGAAGUUGACAAGUCUAGUAUUGCUGGAGCGGAUGACACAGUAAAUUUACCUGAAAUUGCUAAUGCAUCAAAUGUAGAAAGUUUAGCUGAAGCAGGAUGCUCACUUCCUGUAUCUAAUUUAGCAGAAGAACCUUGUUCAAUUGAUAUAUCUGAGUCAGCUGAUGUUGGUGUGAUAGCUAACAUGGCUGAAGCAGCUGGCGCACUUGAUGUAUGUCAUUUAGCAGAUGUUGGAGUUGGAGAAUCAACCAACUUGUCCAAAGCAGCUAGUUCACUUGGUUUGUCUAAUUUGGCUGAAGCUAAAAACCACAAGUUCAUCUUACUUGGCUGAGGCUGCUAGUUCCCUUGAUGUAUCUAAUCUAUCUGAAGUAGCCAGAUCACUCAGUGUAUCUGGUCUAGCUGGAACUAGUGGGUUCGGAGGUUUAGUUGGAGCAGUUAGUGCACCUAACAUAUCUAAUUUAACUGAAGAGGCUAGUUCAUAUGGUGUUUCUGAUGCUUCUGUCGGUUCACUUAGUGUGUCUAAUUUAGCUGGAGCUGAUAGCAUAUGCAGUGUAACUAGAGCACCAAGUGCUCUUGGCAAAUCAGAUGUAGCCCAGAGCCUCUCUUUGCCCAAAAGUGUGUCUGUGCCCGCAAUCUCCACUAGUUCAGCCUGUACUCGAAGCCACCCCCCACCAACCUUGUCAACCAAUGGAGCAGCAGCCAGUCCCUCCCUGCUCAGACCCCCAUCGCUCCUUAGUGUGUCUAAAGUGAGGGACUCUGGCCAGGUGCCCACCCCCUCCCACAGUAAGGUAUAAUGCUGCUCUUUAGUCUCCACUGAUAUCUAUGUCACAGCUCAACCUGCCCAAAAUACAGGACAUAUAAGCUUGUAUUACACAACACAUAUAUGCAAAGAUAUCAGGUUAAGUGAGUUUCAGACUGAAACUAUUUUCCAACAUGUUAACAUAAAAAAACAACAUGUUUUUCUAAGAUUCCUGCAUAACAACAUCGUCCCUAUACUGUAGGUUAUAGCCUACUCGAGAUAGCUGCUUGGACUGUGUGUUCUUGAAUAUUACAAUUGUGGAUUUCACAGAAAUGUCAUCAAUCUCCAAUUUAGCAGGUAUGUAAGGAGAACCCUUUCAAUCGUAAAGUCUCCCCCUCUGAGUUCCCCAAAUCCAAGCCUGCCCCUGGACAUGGCUUCCCCCUCAUCAAGAGGAAGGUGAGAGGAUAUCUCAGUAUAAUGAAAUUAACCCAUUAUCCAGUGUUUUCUCCCAAUCAGAACAGUCCCCUAGUACACAUGCAUGUCUCCUGAGGUGCAGACAGACAACUAUGUCCCAGUGGAGGAGCUGCAGGUGGAGCUGGGGGAGCUGGAGAAACGAAUGGACAGGCUGGAGCUGAGAGGGGUGGAGAUGGAGAGAAGCUUGAGAGACUGCCAGAAUGACCAGGAAGAGGAGGACAUGUUGGUGGACUGGUUCACUCUAAUACAUGAGAAACACAUGCUUGUGUGCAGGGACGCAGAGCUGGUAUACAUAGUGUGAGUGGAGUAAGGAUGACCGUUAUAGGGACAUAUAGUUGAUGGAGGAGCUUGUCACCAUCAUUGAACAGAGGAACCACAUCAUCAACAGCUUGGAUCAGGACAGGCAAAGGGAAAAAGAAGAAGAUGUUCUGUUUUCCAUGAUCAAGAAGAAAG